UGCUCGCUUGAUAACCGAGAUGCCUGCAUUAGCUGCAGCGGUUAAGCUAAACUACAUUAUAAUUUUUCCUCUUUCGCUCAAAACCCCCAUCUCCCUUUUAAUAGUAUUUCUUCUACAUAGCAUAUAUAUUACUUCCCCUUCCCAUCCGUCGUAUAUUUCCUCUCCCUCCUCUCUCUAUCCCGUUCUCACCGGCCACACCUAAAAAAGACUUCUGUACAUUUUUUUACAUUACACUCACCACAACUCUCAUGUUAAACAACAACUUACAUUCAAAUAAGAGCCCCGCAUUUGUUGGCGACUGCGCCUCUAUCUUGUUCUUCUUUACACAUAUACAUAACUGAUGGAUCCACACGAAACAAUCAAACUGUCCAAGCUUCUCUCGUAUAUCCUGCGUCAUGGCGCUGCCAAGCAUAAACUUGUGAUGCGCCCUGAUGGUUACAUUCCUUUGUCAGAUAUCCUUGCUUUAGCCAAAUUCAAAAGCUAUACACGAGAACAAAUUGAACACGUUGUGCAAAAAAAUGACAAGCAACGAUUCGCAAUGGCCGAGAUUGAUAAUGUAUGGAUGAUUCGGGCGAAUCAAGGACAUACUGUCAAGGGUGUGGAUCAAGAGGAAUUGCUCGAAAGAAUAACAGAUACGCUGCCUGUUGUGGUUCACGGGACGUCGUUGGACAGCUGGCAACAAAUUCGACAACAGGGCCUUAGCCGUAUGGAGCGGCAUCAUAUCCACUGCGCCACUGGAUUACCAGGUGAAUCGGGUGUGAUUAGUGGCAUGCGGUCGACUAGUCAAGUCUACAUUUAUAUCGACAUGUCGAAAGCCAUGGAGGACGGCAUUGCAUUUUUCCGAUCGGCCAACAACGUGAUUCUGACAGAAGGACAAGAUGGCAUAUUACUUACAAAAUACUUUAGCAAAGUAGUUGAUCGUCAAGGCAAAUCACUUUUUAUUGACAUCCAAUGAUAAGCCCCUUAGUCUUUCUUCUUUGGUUUACAAAACGAGAGAGAAAAAAAAGGGUAAAAAAAAAAGAAAAAAAGUUAAAGAGGAAUACAGCAGGCCGGUAUGUGCACAAGCGGUUAUUUGGAAAGUUGAAACAAGCAAGAGGGGGCAGAUAUAUAAGAAUAUGU